AUGAGUACUCUACAAGAAGAACAUGCAUUACAAAAAUCUACUGAAAAAUCAGAAUCAACACAAAAGGAAGAUCCAAAAGACGACAAAGAAGAUCCUGAAGCUUUAAAACAAAAGCAGGACGAGCAACCAGAAAACAAAGAUCCUCUGGUUGAUCCUAAACUUUUGCAAGACAUAAUAUCGUCCAGUGGUCCUCCUGAAAAAGAAAUGUCUUCAAUUCCAAGAGAAACAAAUCAAGAGAUGUCAACUACUGUUGAUAAAUCACAGCAAAGUGAUGAAGAAAAGAAAGAACAAACUACUAUGGCUCAUGAUGUAGAAAAACCCAUGAACAAGGAAGAUUCAUCAGUCAGUGUACACAGUACUCCUGAAGUACAACAAAAAACAAUACAGAGCAAAAUGGAAGCAAUGCAACAUGAUGCAAGAAAAAAUCAAAAAUUUGCAAAAACAACUCUGAAAAUUCUUCAAAAGCUGCAGAAGAAGAAUCUGAUGUUAAAAUCAACAAAAAAGAAAAAAGAAAAAGUUGAUGAUGAGAAGAAAUCAAUUGAGGAAGGUAAACCUGUAGAGAAGCUGUCAAAAGAGGAAGGUGAAGGAAAAAAACCUAUUGAAGGAGAUGAACAAAAGGAUUCAGAAGAUAUUCCAAAGAGCCAGAGCCAUGAAAAGGAAAAUCUUAAAGAUACUCAAGCAAAGAAAAUAUUGGAUGAUUUCAUUAUUGAGGAUGAGACUGACCUCAUUGAUGAAGAUACGGAAUCAGACAGUCUUGAUGCUUCAAUUGAUCCUACUUCACAAUCAGAACCUGCUGUCAAAGAAAUUUCACCAAAACAAAAACAGACACCUGCUCUUGCUGAAGCAAAACAAUCUGGAACUCCUGCAAAAGGAGGAAAAAGGACAACUGCUGCAGAUAUUAAUCCCAUUCAAAAGAAACCAGGUGCUCCUGCUGAAAAAAUAGUUAAAAAAGGAGGAAAAAAGACAACUACUGCAGAUAUUAGUCCUAUUCAAAAGAUACCAGGAGGAAAAAGGACAACUGCUGCAGAUAUUAGUCCUAUUCAAAAGAAACCAGGUGCUCCUGCUGAAAAAGCUGUUCAAUCAGGAAAAAAGAGGUCUGCUCCCACACCAGCAGGAGGAAUAAAGAAAAUGGCUAAGAAAUCUGUUGUCAGCCCUGCAAAGAAGAUUUCUGGGAAGAGGAAAAAAAUAGAGGAAGUUCCAUCUGACGAACCAUCUCAGGAUCCUUCUGAUGAAGAUUCCACUGACAGUGGUGAUGACAGUGAAACAAAGCUGAAACAAAGCUGA